AGGAAGUUCAUCGCAUCGCGGGAGGGUGCACCCACAGGUCAUCGGCGAAGAUCGCGAUAGCCAUCGGGGGACCCUCGCAUCCCCAUGAUGGCUCCCAGCAUCUCCUCAGCGGCUGCCAGACCGUCCUACAACGAUCCUCUUUCUCAAGCGUCCCCCUCAUCGUCUUCUUCUGCAGCAAAAGCAGCAGGUCAGAAACACUUCACUUCUUCUCCACUCUCUCCUUCAACAUCACAAGCACGUCGGUCACUCGAAAGAGACCUGUCUGACUUCUCAGAGACCUCCAUCACAUCCUCUUCUUCGACAGUUGGACCGCCGGAGGGUAAGAUAGAGGACGGCGAGCUCAGCACAGAAAGUAGAGGGAGUGGCGGAAGAGGAGGUGGGGGAUGGAUCUCUCGAGCAGGGAGAGAUCUCCACUCGCCUAUCGAAGAUGACGAUCAAGCGCCAAUCAUCAGAAGAAGCCACAUAGACGGCGAAGGCAGUGAGGCAGGCUCGGUCACAUCUGCAGGUCCAGCGAAUGGGUUCACCAGAAGCCUUGGUGCUGCGAUGGAAGAGGAUAUGGACACAGAUGAGCAGAGGGAGGCAAGGCAAAUUCAAUCGAAUCUCGAGCGGUGGGCUGCAGCCGAGCGGCAAAGACGCAAGGCAGCUCGCGGCUCUCGGAUCCUCGGCCCCUCCAGCGCAGAAAUACCAUCACCCAGAAGCCUUCCGACCGAGCCACGCCUGGCAGCGGUACCAAUGCCGUGAACAGCCAUCUGCUGCGCAGAGGAAGCUACUCACACAGCGUGUCGAGUAGUGCAGGUAGCGACUACUCAGAAGCUAGAUCAGGCGACCAGAGAGGCAGCGGCGACUCUGGCAAGGGUGAAUCAGGCCGAGGCAUUGAAAUCGUCUCCUCUCUCCGCAACGUGACAGAAGACGAGCGUGAAGGCGACUCUCACUCCGGCUACA